UUUUUUAUUUACUGCUUAAUGCUUUCUGUUACAGAAUUGUUGAAAUGAAAACAUAAAAUACAACAACUAUUAGUCACCAAGUAAGACUGUAAUAUGAAAGGAGCUACUAAUGAAAAUAAUCGAGAUCAUUGAUUAUUGGCAUUCGAUUAAGCCAAUAGUCACAGAGUACAAGGCAUGACCGCGAGACAUUCAACCAAUGGGGUGUCAGUGGGCGGGACUUCACGCCCAGCUAACGUAAGCGUUGUUAGUAGGAAGAAGACGCCGAUUCUGGUAGCCAUUACGUUGCGCAUUUCAAUUGAGUAAAGCCUACUAUUUUGCGUACACUACGCACAAUUACUUCAACAAAAGACGAAUUUUCGCAGUAAUGGCAUCGAUCGCGAAAAAGAGAAAAAUGAAUUUCUCGGAGAGAGAGGUGGACAUUAUAGUGGAAGAAAUAGAGAAACAGAAACACACACUGGUUAACCACUUCAACGCUGGAGUCACCCACAUGGCCAAGAAUAACGCGUGGGUGGACAUCCUGCGGAAGGUAAACGCCGUGACCACCUGUCCCAGAGAGCUGCCCGAGGUGAAGAAGAAGUGGUCCGACAUGAAGACGGAGGUCCGGCGGAAAGUGGCCCAGGCGCGGGCUGCCAUAGAGGGGACCUCCGCCGACUGCACCCCGGUCCCCGUCAUCCUCACGGCCAUGCAGCAGCGGAUCUGUAACCUGCUGGGGGAGGCCACCAUCAUCAGCCUGCCCGCGGGGGACUCGGAUGCGGAGAUGGGCUUACCUGUGACCGUGAGCACCGUCACGCUGGCAGAGACUCUUCCGGCAGGCUCAGUAACAGUCUGUGAUGAAGCAAAGCCACUGACUGCGGAAACAACUUUCCACAACCUGGAGGAUGGAAGUGUAGUGGAGUACUGCACCACUACUGUAAGCGACUCAACGCCCACCGCUGAGGCUCCCGUGGAGAUGCUGGCCUCGUCCGCGGCGUCCCCUCCUCCCCCUCAGGGUCAGGCCAAACCUCAGGAGCUGAAGAGUCGCAUCGCCCUCAACUCAGCCCGCCUGCUGCAGGAGCAGAGGGUCACCAACGUUCACAUCCGACAGAUCGCCCAGCACCUGGAGGGCCAGAACGACCUGCUGCACGUGAUGCGGCGCUCCCAGGAGGCUCAGGCAUUCGCCCAAGAGAGGCAGGCCCAGGCCUUGGAGGGAACCCAGGCUGCUCUUCUGGCAUUAGUUCAGAUGCUUAGACCUGCACUUAAAGACCUGCGCAAAUUCCUACAGACUGGGAGUGAGGUAGCAGCUCCCCCCAGCAGCUCUGCAGCAGUGGACGGGGCAGGACUUGAGGAGCAGAGCAGGCCCAAAACACCUCCACCUCCUCCACAGCAAGCUGAGGAUGCACAAUAAAGACUGUGUGUGUGAGGGUGUGUGUGUGUGUGUGUGUGUGUGUGUGUGCCUUGUACAUAGAAGAGUGCAUGCACACAGACUUCAGAAUUAAAAGUUUGUCAAAAGUUGCCUUGAGGGAAGUGUGUGCAGGAUUUUGAUGUGUUGUUUAUGAAUUGGAAAAACAGUCACUGAAGCAGUGAAAAGGCAAUGUGUGUUUAUGUUAUUUAAUAUAUUGCAUUUAAUAUUGAAAUAAGGUUUUUACUAUAAAGUAGCGGAAAGUCAUCCCCCUGCUGUUUGCUGAACAUUUCAUUCUUGGUCCUCAAGUCAUCCUGCGGUUUACCCUGAAGCAGGACGGUGAGUCCAGCACACUCCAGUUAGUGUGUAUGUCCUCAGAACUGAAUAAAAUAUAAGUAAAAUGUU